AUGGCCUCAUCAGAAGAUUUUACGUUCCCAAAAAUCACCAAUCCUAUGCCUCUCUUGACGAUUUCACCAUCGCUAUGGCGGGUAUCUUCUUUAGUCUAUCCAGAAUGCGGAGAUGAUGAUGAAGACGAUGGUAAAAGACAAGUACCGAGUUUCCAGAGCAAGAGCUUCUCCCACUUAGGAAGCGAAGCGAAUAAGAUCAGUGCCGGCUAUGAUGCGGAGAGAAUGGACAUGCUGUGGGAGGACUUCAACGAAGAACUGAAAAGGGUUUCUUCCUUGCGUAGCAGAAGGAAAGACGGGAGAAUAAUAUCAUCGAGGGGUGGAAUCAAGUCCAAGGCAGAGCCAGCUAGCAGAGAACCGGCGGCGGUGGAGCUUUGCUACGCUCAGGCCUUGAAGAUGUCCCAAACCGGCAUAGGCACUGGGAUGAUUUACCACAAGCGGCAGAGUAACAGCAUGUUGGCGGUGAUGAAGACCCUGAAGAAGUUCCUUUUUCUUCGCAACUUGGUUUCUAUAAAGAACUAG